AGAAUUGAUAUUAAAAUGGGAUGCACUGCCAGUACAACUGAUAAUAUAAAGAAAACAACUCAACAAAAUGGAAAUACUAUUAAUACAAAUCCAACGAUUGAAAUAAAUAAAAAUUAUUAUAAUAAUCAACAAAAUGAAGUCAACACAACAAAUGGAGACUAUUACACAGAAGAAGAUUAUUCAGAAGACGACGCCGACAGACAGGAAGAGGCGGCCAUUAAAAUACAAUCGCAAUUCAGAGGAUAUAAGACUAGGAAAGAGCUUAAAGACAAAUCUCAGGACAUAAAUAAUAUGAAAGAAGAAGAGAGUCCAAACAACACUGGCGGUGACGUGGAUAAGGCCGCGACCACAAUUCAGGCCGGAUUUAAGGGCUAUAAAGUGCGCAAAGAUAUCAAAAAACAAAAGUCGGAAUCAAGUGAUGACACCAACGAUCCGAAGGACAAGAAGGAUAGCGACCAAACACUUGCUGACGAACUCGCCGACAUUGACCUCAACGAUCCCGAAGUGGAGAAGGCGGCCACUAAAAUACAGGCGACGUUUAGAGGAUUUAAAUCAAGACGAGAACCUAAUAAAGAGGACAAAUAAUUUUGGAGAUAAUCUCUAAUUAAUGGCUAUUAGUUUGUGUUGUUUCAUAAAAUAUCAUAUGUAUUACAC